AUGACACCAUCCCCAGCAACUAGCCAGGCUCUUGAGCCUCGUCACCCCAAACCUUCCCAAACAGUAUCCGUCAACAUCUCCGAGGGGACCCAGAACCGCUCCCGCCGCUUCCAGCUCGAGGUGAGCGAGUGUGUCGAGACUAAGACUGUUACGACCACUACUCGUCUCACGCGAAAGUUCCCUCAGGUCUUCGUUCGUGACCCUGUACCUCUGGAGAAUCUAGACACAAAAGAGUAUCCUCUCGCCAUGAAGCCUACUCCCCCAGAACUGAUUAGGUUCUCGUAUAAUAUGCCAGGUGCCAUUGAAACUGACGAUGAAGUUGAAGAUGAACCCAUAGAUAACCAGACCAUGCUGACAUCUACACAGUUAUCCUGCAAUGCUCGUUCUACCCCCACUCAGCUUAAAUCCGAGUCCCCUCAAGAAUCCAACCUUGUCCGGAUGCCCAAGCAUCGAUCACAAUCCCCUUCAGAAGGAUAUCCUCGCCGUUCCCGCGCUUCUAGAGCUACCACCACAGAUUCCCCCGAAUCUUCAGCACCAACUUCGAAUCCUCGGCGACCUGGCCGUUCUAUUCCCCUGAACGCCGUAUCGGAUAAACUUCGUCGCUCCAUCGCCCAUAAUUCGAAUCGACAAGGAGAGAGGUCAUCCAGACCUUCUGGGGGCUUCCUUGCUACUCCUGAUACUUCGGAGGUCGUUGGUGCGGCUGAGAGAUCAGCUCGCCGACGCUCGUCACACCAUGAACGAAAUCAAUCACCCGAAGCAUCUUCCUCGGCUGUCAGCCCUCAAUACGAAGCCACUAGCCCUGUAGAGAGUGAUUCACAUACUGUCUUUAGCAGCAAUGUCGCUACUCCACCAAUUACUGAUGCUGACGCAGAACCAUUCGCUGAUGCUGAUGGAUCUUUACAACAACCCAUCCGUCCCUUUAACCCCCGUCCCAGUAUCGAUGUCGUUGCCGCACAAGAUGCUAGUCUUCCUAGUCCCAGACUGUCGCCUACCUUGGCAGCCGCUCAGCUACAUACUGCCGAUGACGAAGAUGAGACACAGCCUAGCUUCCAAAGCUCGAACCUUGAUCCCUCAAGAUGGCUUGAUGAAUCACAGCCAAUGGAAGAUGAUUCCAUGACUGCUCUCGUUCGCUCUGGCCAUUCCCAAGAUGAUUACGCCCUUGCUCGCACCGAUGGUGCUUCCCAAGGUGUGGAUUCCCUACAAGUCGUCGACACACAAACACUCCUCGAGGCAUUCGACUCCAUGAAAACUGAAAUGAAGACAUUCAUGAUGUACCAGUUCCUUCGCCGGUGUCCUCGUCCUACCCUCCGCGUUGUGGCCAACGCUGUGAACCCAGCUCUAAAAUGCGAUUUUCUCCGACAGUUACCCCUGGAACUUGGAUAUUCUGUUUUGUCUCAUCUCGAUCAUCGAGACCUUUGUCGAGCUGCACAAGUCUCAAAGCACUGGCGAAACAUUGUUGAUCGUAAUGAAACAGGGUGGAAGGAACUGUUUGACCGAGAUGGCUACACCCUCCCACCUGGUGAACUCCAGAAGGCUAUCAUUCAAGGUUGGGGCUGGCAAGAUCCUGUUGGUGCAAGUGGAUACGAAAAGGAUUUGAGCAUGCGAACCCGGUUGACUUCAACUGAGCAUGAGCUUACCCGGACUCUUCGACAAGAGACAGCCUCCAAGUCUCGGGCUUCCAAGCGCAAGCGGGCGAUCAACACUUAUUCGGCCGAGCGAUCUAAGCGACGUGCCAGUGCACAGGAAGCCGUGGCUCGUGAAGAGAACAAGUCGCAGCCCGAGGCUCGUCAACACAAGUCGGAAGGACCACUGUCUGCCGCGAAUGCUGCUGCUACAGCUGUCCCUGAUCCCCAGCUUGGACUGCCUAGUCUUCGCGAGCUACAUCUAUAUAAGUCGCUUUACCGCCGUCAUCAUAUGAUCCGUAAGAGUUGGACCAGCGGCGAGGUCAAGCCUGGCCACGUCGCGUUUGCAGCUCAUCCUCGUCACGUUAUUACGUGUCUCCAGUUUGACGAAGACAAGAUCAUUACAGGUAGCGACGAUACGCUCAUCCACAUCUACGAUACCAAGACAGGCAAACUCCGCAAGAAGCUUGAAGGUCAUGAAGGUGGUGUCUGGGCACUACAGUAUGAAGGCAACAUGCUGGUGUCUGGCUCUACUGACAGAUCUGUUCGCGUCUGGGAUAUCGAACGUGGCCUUUGCCAGCAGGUAUUCUACGGACACACUAGUACUGUCCGUUGCCUGCAAAUCCUGAUGCCCACCGAGACUGGGAGAGAUUCCAGUGGACAGGCCAUCAUGCAGCCCGAGAAGCCUCUCAUCAUCACCGGCUCCAGGGACAGUCAGCUCAGGGUCUGGCGACUUCCCGAGGUUGGGUCUCGCCGAUAUAUCCAGACCGGCCCCCCAGCUCAUGAAUCCGACUGCCCUUACUUCAUUCGAGUGUUGGCCGGACACACGCAUUCUGUUCGCGCCAUUUCCGCUCAUGGUGACACCCUCGUCAGUGGAUCCUAUGACAGCACUGUUCGAGUUUGGCGUAUCAGCACCGGUGAGGCUCUCCAUGUGCUCCACGGUCACUCUCAAAAGGUUUACUCUGUCGUCCUCGACCACGAACGCAAUCGUUGUAUCUCAGGCUCGAUGGAUUCGCUGGUCAAGAUCUGGGAUCUUGCCACUGGCGCAUGUCUGUACACUCUCGAGGGACAUAGUUUGCUCGUCGGUUUGUUGGACCUCCGCGAUGAGCGACUGGUGUCGGCGGCGGCUGACUCGACUCUUCGUAUCUGGGAUCCAGAAAAUGGCAAAUGCCGCAAUACGCUCAUGGCGCAUACUGGGGCUAUUACCUGUUUCCAGCACGAUGGCCGGAAAGUUAUUAGUGGCAGUGAGAAGACGGUCAAGAUGUGGGAUGUCCGAACUGGCGAAUGCGUUCAGGACUUGUUGAGCGAUCUCAGUGGUGUUUGGCAAGUCAAAUUUGACGAACGACGAUGCGUGGCUGCUGUCCAGCGCGAUUCACUCACCUACGUCGAGAUUCUUGACUUUGGAGCUGUCCGAGACGGCAAGCCACCAGAGGAACUUGGCAAGCGUAUCCUUCUCAACGAGCCCGAGGUUCGAGCAAUGAUUGAGGAAGAAGCUUAA